AUAAGAUCGCGGUCCACGCGUGAAAAUGCACUACCACUUUACGCGUCGAGACCACGAAAGUCAUUUCUACUUGCCUAUCACAACAACGGCCUCUUUACAUAUUCUCAAUUCAAGCUCAUUUCAAGACUUUUGUCGCCUGGAUUUUGUCUGUAUAAUCGUCUCAUUGUUGAAUCAAGAAAUUCAACUUUACUCCGUGAAAAUUGCGUUCAUUCGCCACCCAGCCUUCACUGGCCUUGCGGAAAUUAGCUCCUAGUCCUAGGAUUGUAUUCAAACUGUGAGUAUAUCCUAGGCAUACUUGGACCUGAUCGUGAGUGAAAUUGGACGAGAUAUUGAUGCAAUUCAGCUUCUGAGCUUCUUCGACGCUUACUGUUACUCAAUUGAGUCUCUAUCGCUCCCCUCCAUCGACUUCUGUCGUUGGUCACAACAUCUGUUCUGCCGUAUUGCCUUACGAAGGGAGGAAGCCCGCCAUCAAUUUGUAGAAGGUUUUCGACCACUUUCAGACAUGGCUCCACGAUCGAAAGCCAGUGUUGGCUCGUCGAGUCCAGCAUCCAGACUUUCAAGUACCCCUCCCUCAUCACCGCCAGAGCAAUCGCCCAUAAUCGACGUAGACUCAGAACUCGACCAAGACUUUCUCAAUGACGAAGAAAAGGCCAUCCAUGCAGAGAACGAAAAGGCGCGGCUCGCAAAUGAGCAGCAGGAGCUGAAGCAGAACAAGCGGGGACGAAAGAAGGCACCCAUCAAGGAUCGUGAGGCCAAGGCACAAGAGCUCGCAGAGCUGUUGAACAAGUGCGAGCAGUUUACCGGUAUAUUGAAGAAUAAUUCGAAGUCACUCGGUCAGGUUGGACGCGAUUUUGAGGGCAACAUGCUGGGAGGGCAUAACAUUGAGAUGUCAGAACAGCCAGGGAACAUUGUUGGCGGACAAUUGAGACCAUAUCAGCUGGAAGGUCUCACUUGGAUGUACGACAUUGCGUUCCAGUCUAUGUCAGGUAUUUUGGCUGAUGAAAUGGGAUUGGGAAAGACUAUUCAGACGAUUUCUCUCGUCGCUAAGCUCCGGGAGAGUGAUUACAAGGGUCCUUUCCUGAUCGUUGCGCCUAUGAGCACACUCUCUAAUUGGGAUGAGGAAUUCGCAAAGUGGUUACCCAGUGUUCCAGUGGUGAAAUACCAUGGUGCACCAGGUCACCGACAGGAGAUCUUUAAGACAAGAAUUCAGAAGAAUUAUUCGGAAGAAGUUCUUACUUUUGAGGUUGACGGGAAGACUAUGAAGCGAAGAGAAGGUCGUGUGACUGACGACUUCCCCGUCGUCUUGACUACGCCUGAAAUCAUUAUGAGGGAUGCUAAAGACCUCAUCAAAAUACGCUGGGGUAUCAUCUUCAUAGAUGAGGGACAUCGACUGAAGAACUCAGAGUCGAAGCUAUUUCGCAUUCUCCAGCCUUUUCACUCCUACAGUCGGUUUCUGAUCACGGGAACUCCUCUCCAGAAUGACCUGAAGGAGCUGUGGUCUUUGCUACAUUUCCUUCUCCCCACUGUCUUCACCGAAUGGGAGCUCUUCGAAGCCUAUUUCGAUUUCAGUGAUCUCCGAGACGAGAAGACCACGGAAGGCUUUCUUGAAGAGAAAAAGACUCAUGAAAUGAUUACGAAGAUCCAGCAAAUUUUACAGCCCCUGUUGCUUCGACGCAUUAAGGCGGAUGUAGAGCAUCUGCUUCCGAAGAAGAGAGAAUAUAUUCUGUAUGCGCCAAUGACCCAGGAGCAGACAGACUUGUGCGAUGUGAUAAGCGACGAGACGAGAGAUACUAGGGACUUCCUCGAGGAGAAGGUUGCGGGGAGAUUGAGAGCUAAUGCUCCUUCGUCUACUCGCAAGCCAAAGGCUACCAAGCUUGCUAAGCCUACCAAAGCUGCAAAGGUAGAGGAAUCGGACUCUGAAGAAGAAGUACCAUUGGCACAAUUAGCUAUUCGGAAGAAGCCCCGGGGUCGACCGCCCAAGUCAGCACCCAAGAAUGCUUUCGAGCAAAUGAUGAAAGGAGGUCUCGCUACGAAGAGCGACGGAAAGCGAAAGCGCAAAGCCAAUGAUGGCGCCACAUCACCAGCUUCUAAAUCUUCCAAAUCAAGUCGUCAUUCGACACCAGCCUCUACCCGCGGUCGCAAAGUCAGGAACCCCAAAUCAUAUUCCGAAGCUCCUUCCGAUGAGGAAGAUGCUUUGAGUGAUGACGAGUUCGAGGAGAAGCUGGCACAGGAGAUGGCUGAGAAGGAGGAAACACCCGAAGAUGACUUGACUCCCGAGGAAGCGGAGGAGGCAAGGAUUAAGGAGGCAGCAAAGAAGGAGAUGUCUACUAAGAAGCUUGGAAAUCCUCUCAUGCAGUUACGACUAGCAUGCAACUCGCCUCACAAUUUCUACAAUGCUUGGCCAGACGAUCGCCCUGUAGACGAAACUCUUGUCACUGCAUCUGGCAAGAUGCUUCUACUGGACAGACUGCUCAAGUCUCUUUUCGCACGAGGGCACAAGGUUCUCGUAUUUUCUCAGUUCAAAACACAACUCGACCUCAUCCAGGAUUUCGCACAGGAACUUCGUGAGUGGAGAGUAUGUCGUAUCGACGGCUCUGUAUCACAAGAAGAGCGACAACGCCAAAUCAAAGAGUUCAACGAGAAUCCCGAAUUCAAGCUAUUCCUGCUCUCCACACGAGCAGGCGGACAAGGAAUAAAUCUCGCCUCAGCAGACUCCGUCAUCCUAUUCGACAGCGAUUGGAAUCCUCAACAGGAUCUCCAAGCCCAAGAUCGCGCUCACCGCAUUGGCCAAAAGAACCCGGUCAUCAUCUACCGUCUCGCCACGAAGAAUACUGUCGAAGAAGCGCUUCUCUUGAACGCAGACGCGAAACGUCGUCUUGAGAAACUCGUCAUCAAGAAAGCGGACUACAAAUCGAAGGGCCAGAAACUCCGCGACGAGGUCAUGACGAAGGAGGCGCUGAAGGUGCUGUUGAAGAAGGAUGGUGAGGUUUUCAGGUAUAAGAGCGGAGAUCAGAUUCUCAGUGAUGAGGAUUUGGACGUGUUGACGGACAGGAGUGAGGAGGCUUAUGUCAAGGCUGCGAAGGGUCUUGGUGAUGCUGAAGCUUUCAAGAUUGUGGAAACCAAGGUUGGUGGGCUGAUGGCUGUUACUGGGAUGGCUAAGAAAGAGGAGGAGGCUUGAUUGGACACUGCUGAAACGCAAUUUGGCGUACUGGUUGGUUAUAUGACUUGGAUGGGUUGGUGUUGUUGGUUUCAAGUUUCAGAAUAGAUGUAUUAUAUUCAGUAUGACUAGACCAAGUAGACAGUGCUUCACAGAUCGUUACAAUAAAGCCUUCAAUAUGUAAGUUCUAACGGGCAA